GAGGGAAGGAUAUAUAAUGAUUGAGAUAAGGGGAGAUUGUGGCGUUUGACCUUGUUUUAUGUUUGCUGCAGAAGAAGAGGAAUAGUGUAUUAUACUUGUCCACUACUCACUGCUGCGAUCCAGUACAGCCCCAGCUCUCGAAAACAUACAAACACCACCUUCCAUAUAUAUAACAUCACAAGAGCUCAACUCGUGUGUUAAAGUUAUAUCAUAUACCAAAAAGAAAAAGUAGUCCUCCGUAGAUCUAGAGAGAAGAUGGGAAGAGCACCUUGUUGUGACAAGGCUAAUGUGAAGAGAGGGCCAUGGUCAUCUGAAGAAGAUGCCAAGCUUAAAGACUACAUAGAGAAGCAUGGAACUGGAGGCAAUUGGAUUGCUUUACCACAAAAAGCUGGUCUUAGAAGAUGCGGGAAAAGCUGCAGAUUAAGAUGGCUGAAUUAUCUUAGACCUAACAUAAGGCAUGGUGAAUUCUCAGAUGCUGAAGAUAAAAUUAUCUGCACCCUUUUUGCUAACAUCGGCAGUAGGUGGUCAAUUAUAGCCGCUCAAUUACCAGGGAGGACUGACAAUGAUAUCAAAAACUACUGGAACACUAAGCUCAAGAAGAAGGUCUUUAUGGGAUCAACUUCAUCAUUCAUGCUUCCUCCUCACAAGAUAAAGCCCUCUGAUCACCAUCAACAUUUUCAAUAUUCCUAUACCUCUUAUGCGCCCUCGUCUGUUUCAUUUCUUCAAUCCCCGUCGUCUCUCCCAAACCCCUCCUCGUCAUCACCACCAAUCAAAUGCAGGCCGACUACUACAAGUAAAGGUUAUGAUUCCGCUGAUACCCCAGCUGCUGCAGCUGGGCCUUUCACAGGGAACUAUAGUUAUGAAAACAUCUCAAGUAUCAGCUUCCCACCAAAUGUUCAUGUUCAGAAUACCGAAACCCUAAGCACUGGACCUCCGGAUCCAGCCAUGCAAAAUUUGUGUCACGGGGGAGGAGUCAUGUACGAAUCUCCCAUUAUUAUGUUUGGAGCUAAUAAUCAAGCGGCUGCUAAUGGCAGCUCUUCUGAUGGAGGCAACUCGAGCAACAAAGACCAGGUAGAUCAUUUUGGCCAGCUGCUGAUGUACCCUAAUAGAGGCGGACACAGUCUUAUUGAUGGGAUUAAUGUCGUCGCAGGAGGAAAACAAGUAUUGUUCAGUGGUGAUGAUGAAACUGCUCCUCUAGACUAUAAUAGUUUAGAGGAGAUUAAGCAGCUGAUCAGCGCUACAAGUAACUCUAACCUUAAUAUCUUUGGUAAUAUUAAUGAAAGUAAUAAGAUGAUGCCUUACAAUCAGGAGGAAAAAGUCGGAUCGUACUACUGAUGUUGAUUUCACUAGUUGGUACAAAUCAAAUCAAUCAUCAGCAGAUCUGAGGGAUGAUCAGUACCACGUACUUGGAGCACUGUGCAUGAUUUUAGCCUGUGUGUUGUUUCAUCUUCUUGUUGUUUUCCUUGUGAUCAUAGCAGUUUCUUUUUCUUUCUUUUUUCUUUGUUGGACAGAAACUAGGACUUAAAAAAUUUUCAUUCUCGGGCUGUACACACUUGUACUCUUAUUCUCUCCAUUCAUCUAAACUUCGGUGAGCAAAAUGUUAUGAACAGAAUUUUAGGGUUUUUAACUUCAAAAAAUAUAUUCAAGUUAAAAUGGUUUUAA